GGAUUAUAGGUGUGAGCUGUGGCGUCCAGCCAUAAUUCUUUCUGUCCCCAGUUAAUGACCUAUCCAUCUCUUCCACACACAUUAGUCUCUUUCCCCCGCCCACUGCCCUUCAGACAUUUCCCUCCAGGAAGCCAAGAUCACACUCCUGAGAGGUAAUCCCAUUGAGACACACACACACACACACACACACACACGCACACAGUCUCAUGGCAGCCACUCUAUCUUUGUUUUUGAUCACAGCGCUCCAGGGAGCCCACUGAGUGAGGGACCAAGGGUUAGGUCAAGGGGUCACUGAGAACUAAUUCAAUCUUCUUUUGUACAAAUCCUAACUUCCAGUUUAGGUGGGGCCACCAACACAUCCCACUUUACUAGGACUUUCCUGGUGAUUUAGCACUGACAUCCCACGUCCCAGAAAUUCCCACAGUCCCGGGCAGACCUUUUCACAAAGUGGAGCUUGGAGUGCAGAAAAGCUCAACACCAAGGGAGUGUUGACGCUGGUACACGCACGUACACCCCAGUGGGUAACAUCGUCCAGCUGUGAUCUUAUCUCCACAUAAAGGGCGUCUAACACUCAGGCCCACAGACUCCAACACGUCCACAGCCCUGAACCCAAUGCCCAGGCCGGGGUGCCACUGAGGCUUGAGUGCCCACAUGGAGAAGCGUUCAUCACACACUGGGAUGGAGAUGAUUGCCGCUGUGCUCCAAGCUACCUAGUGUAUUCCAAGGGGUUCCCUAGGAUGGGGAGAAGGGAUGAAAAGUUCAUAAGCACCCACUGUGUAGAGUGUUUUGUGAUGUUGCAGUUGGGAAAGGGUAGCUGGUAGAACCCAGGCACCAUAAAAUAAAAUAUGAUGCAUAAACACACGCUUAUCCAUUCAUUCAACAAACAAGCAUUGAGUCUUGGGCUGGGUGCUGUGCUCGAGGCUGGGAGUACAGUGUUGGGUGAAAGACAGUCUUGCCAUCUACUGAGAAAGAGCUCAAAGUAGAGAGCAGCUGUGCUACAGAGUGGUUAACGCCCACUGUAAGAAGACGCAGAAGGGGCCUCACAGACACAGGAAGGCUUCAUAGCGGAAGAGUGCCUUCUGAGCAAAGUCCCAGGGGCUUUGGGCCUAGGGAGGAGUGUGGGAAAACCUGGGGCCGGGUCCGAGGGAGAAAAUGACAGAUUUACACACUCCAGUCUCAGAAUAGACAGAGGGCAGGAUUGGGGAGAGGAGGAGAGGAAGUGGUGGUGGAUGACAUGAAGAUACAAAGAUACACAGAGUCCCAGUCAUGAAGGCCUUCUCUGCCAUGUUCGGACAUUUGGGCUUUAUUUUGGGGGCCAUAGGGUAUCCUUGGGAGAACUAAGAAAAAAACCAAAUAACAGGUCUAUUAAUUUCCCAAGGGAAGUAUGAUAGCAACUUAAGACUAAGACAGUGGCCGUGGAAUCGCAGGGAAAUGCUGGUUUGGAGGAAAAGUGAGACAGGGCUUGGCGGCUGGUCAGAAGUAGGCUGAGGGCUGAGUGGGAAUCAAAAGUUCCUGGUUUGCUUAGGUUUCGUGGGACCGGUUUCUGGCUUGAUCACAGUUGUGCUGUUCACUAACACUGGGAUUCCAGAAGGAGGAGCACGCUGAAGGCAGAUGGAUCCUGGCAAGGAAGAGAGAAUGAAUAAUUCCACUGUGGAUGUGCGAGGGUGAGAUGUGGCUCCUCCGAGGGAAGAGCAGUUGCAUGUUUAGGGCAGGAGCUCAGGGGAGAGGAUUUGGCUUCAGAUACCGAUCUGAAAAUCAUCCCCAUGGGGAUGCAGCUGAAGCCGUGCAGAAGGGGCAGAGGUCAGGGUCUCAGAUGCAGCCUGAAAAGCAUCCACAUUUAGAGAAUGAAAGAGGUAAAGGUGACAGAGAAGGAGAGGCUGCGCAACAGGAGGAAAGCCAGGCAAUCAUAGUAUCAUAUAAGCCAGGGAAGCAGUGUUUCAGAAAACACAGACUGAAAAAGAAAGAGACAGAGCCGCUGAGAGGUCAAGUUUGCGAACUAUUGGGAAGGUCCAUUGGAUUUAGCAACAUCCUGGAGGGCAGUUCUAGCGGACUGGCGAGGACAGAAACCAGGGCCUCUGUGGAUUGAAGAGCCAGUGAGAAAUGAGCGAGCAGCAAUAGUCUCCGGCUCUCGCAGGCUCUGUGAGGGCUUUGCUAUGACCUCAGUCCCCUCGCGGAGCCAGGACUGCCCCUUGCUGCCGCAGCCUCUCCAGGUGCCCGCCUCGCCCUGCCCCAUCCUCAGCCCCGAGUCACCAUGGGCAGCGUCAGUAGCCUCAUCUCCGGCCACAGCUUCCACAGCAAGCAUUGCCGGGCUUCGCAGUACAAGCUGCGCAAGUCCUCCCACCUCAAGAAGCUCAACCGGUAUUCCGACGGGCUGCUGAGGUUUGGCUUCUCCCAGGACUCGGGUCAUGGCAAGUCCAGCUCCAAAAUGGGCAAGAGCGAAGACUUCUUCUACAUCAAGGUCAGCCAGAAAGCCCGGGGCUCGUACCACCCAGAUUACACGGCGCUGUCCAGCGGGGACUUAGGGGGCCAGGCUGGGGUGGACUUCGACCCGUCCACACCCCCCAAGCUCAUGCCCUUCUCCAAUCAGCUAGAAAUGGGCUCCGAGAAGGGUGCAGUGAGGCCCACAGCCUUCAAGCCUGUGCUGCCGCGGUCAGGAGCCAUCCUGCACUCCUCCCCGGAGAGUGCCAGUCACCAGCUGCACCCCGCCCCUCCAGACAAGCCCAAGGAGCAGGAGCUGAAGCCUGGCCUGUGCUCUGGGGCGCUGUCUGACUCCGGCCGGAACUCGAUGUCCAGCCUGCCCACACACAGCACCAGCAGCAGCUACCAGCUGGACCCGCUGGUCACACCCGUGGGACCCACCAGCCGUUUUGGGGGCUCUGCCCACAACAUCACCCAGGGCAUCAUCCUCCAGGACAGCAACAUGAUGAGCCUGAAGGCUCUGUCUUUCUCUGACGGAGGUAGCAAGCUGGGCCACGCGAACAAGGCAGACAAGGGCCCCUCGUGCGUCCGCUCCCCCAUCUCCACGGACGAGUGCAGCAUCCAGGAGCUGGAGCAGAAGCUAUUGGAGAGGGAAGGCGCACUCCAGAAACUGCAGCGCAGCUUGGAGGAGAAGGAGCUCGCCUCCAGCCUGGCCUACGAGGAGCGGCCGCGGCGCUGCAGGGACGAACUGGAGGGCCCGGAGCCCAAAGGCGGCAGCAAGCUCAAGCAGGCCUCACAGAAGAGCCAGCGCGCACAGCAGGUCCUGCAUCUGCAGGUACUGCAGCUUCAGCAGGAAAAGCGGCAGCUCCGGCAGGAACUCGAGAGCCUCAUGAAGGAGCAGGACCUGCUGGAGACCAAGCUCAGGUCCUACGAGAGGGAGAAGACCAGCUUCGGCCCCGCACUGGAGGAGACCCAGUGGGAGGUGUGCCAGAAGUCAGGCGAGAUCUCCCUCCUGAAGCAGCAGCUGAAGGAGUCCCAGACAGAGGUGAACGCCAAGGCUAGCGAGAUCCUGGGUCUCAAGGCGCAGCUGAAGGACACGCGGGGCAAGCUGGAGGGCCUGGAGUUGAGGACCCAGGACCUGGAGGGGGCCCUGCGCACCAAGGGCCUGGAGCUGGAGGUCUGUGAGAAUGAGCUGCAGCGCAAGAAGAACGAGGCAGAGCUGCUGCGGGAGAAGGUGAACCUGCUGGAGCAGGAGCUGCAGGAGCUGCGGGCCCAGGCCGCGCUGGCCCGCGACAUGGUGCCACCCACCUUCCCCGAGGAUGUCCCCGCCUUGCAGCGGGAGCUGGAGCGGCUGCGGGCCGAGCUGCGGGAGGAGAGGCAAGGCCAUGACCAGAUGUCCUCGGGCUUCCAGCACGAGCGGCUGGUGUGGAAGGAGGAGAAGGAGAAGGUGAUUCAGUACCAGAAGCAGCUGCAGCAGAGCUACGUGGCCAUGUACCAGCGGAACCAGCGCCUGGAGAAGGCCCUGCAGCAGCUGGCACGCAGGGACAGCGCCGGGGAGCCCUUGGAGGUUGACCUGGAAGGGGCUGACAUCCCCUACGAGGACAUCAUAGCCACCGAGAUCUGAGGGGCUGCCUGGGAAGGCGAGUCUGGGGACCUGGCACUGGGAGGCAGGGCUCUCCUGUGCCUCCCCCUUGCUCAGCAACUCAGACCCCUCUGAGAGACACCACUCCCUGGGACACAGACCCAGGACCCCCGAGGGGAGGGCAGGAUGGCCCUUUCCUUCCCUCUCUGAUUUCCCAGUGUUCACCAGCCCUGCAGCCCACCAGGCCUCAGGCCCUGACUCCUCUGGCUUUCCCAGGAGAUGGGUCCAGGGGUCUCUCUGCUUUGGUUAAGGGCUCCCUAAACUUUGGCCUUUGUUCAAAAUAGAUAUCCUGUCCCCCUCCUCCAGGGAAGGUGGCCACAGCAAGUACAGGGUCUCCCCUCCGCUUCUCAUCCCAACCUCUUUUUCCCCGUGGACACAUCGGAAUGCCUUGGAAAUAGAAAGAAGCCAUAUAUGACCAGAAGCCUUGGAACCGGCCCCAUCAGAACCUGAGCUAUUCUCUGGCUGCAGAGGUGUAGGGGUGAAAUGAGCUGUGGUGAAGCUGGCUUUGAAACCUCAGGGCUGUCCUGGGCCCGACAAGCCACAGGAAGGAGGGGAGAGCCAGGCAGCCCGCAGUGUGGAGACGCUGCCACAGCCAGAGGAGGGCAGAGGGAAAAUCCAAGGGUUGGGAACCAGUGGCGGGUGAUGGCCAACCCCUGGGGCCCAGUCCCUGUUUACUGGUCCUUGCGAAUGGGAGCUGAGCAGCCUCUGGACAGCCAGUGGCCUUUGACCUCAGUGAUCAUUCUUCUUUAAGCCAUAGACCCUGAGACCCCCGGCUGGGUGCUGGGAAGGGAGGGUUGAAGCCACCAUGAACCAGAGGGUGUGGCUUUCCAGUUGCCCUCGGGGAGCCUCCCCAUCUGUUCAGCUGGGGCCAGAGGCUGGGAAUCCCCACCUGGUUCACAGUGGCCAGCGGCUACUCUGGAAUGUUUUUCCUUCCCCAGAAUCAAGCUUUUCCUUGAUCCAGAAGAGCCCAUAUCACUAAGACGGCACAUGUGUGAUCUGGGCAUUUUCCUCCUCUGCCCGCAGCCAGGUUCGGCGGCACACCUUUCCCCCUUAGCGCCUUCAGGGCUGAGUUCUGGGUUUCUACAGGUCAGGACGGCUCCUCAGAGUGCCAGGGAGCCAGAGCCCCAAGCAGGAAGAAAAAGAGGCAUAUACACAGCCGUGUGCAGAGCCUGGCCACCAGCCAUCCUCCCUCCACCUCAUGCCCCCGUUUGUCCCAGACUAAAGGACCCAGAGAGCAGCUCCCUUUCUCAGGAGCUUGGGCAGUGCCCCAGGGGGCCCAGGGUUUCUCUGCAGAUGUGCAGAGCUGGAGGUGGUGGAAAAGGAUAAAAGGGAGUUUCUCUGUUGUUUGGUUCAGGGAUUUUAUUUUUAUUUUUGUUUUUGUUUUUAUUUUUAUUUUUAUGAGACAGGGUCUUGCUCUGUCCCCCAGGCUGGAGUGCAGUGGCAUGAUCAUAGCUCACUGCAGCCUCAUACUCCUGGGCUCAGGCAAUCCUCCUGCCUCAGCCUUCCAACUAGCUGGGACUACAGGUGCACGCCAACAUGCCUGGCUAACUUUUCAUUUUUUUUUGUAGGGACGGGGUCUCGUUUUGUUGCCAAAGCUGGUCUCAAACUUCUGGCCUCAAGCAAUCCACCUGCCUUGGCCUCCCGAAGUGCUGAGAUUACAGAUGUGAGCCACCGUGCCUGGCCAGAUUUUUCUUUUCUUCUUCUUUCUUUCUUUUUUGCUUUCUUGUCUUUUCAGAAGCAAGCCAGACCUAGCAGGCUGUUCCAUGUUCUAUUUUUGACUGUAGCCACAGCUGCUGUUCUCAGGACAGCAGCCCUUCCCACAUGCCUGUGCCUGCUGCCUGCUGAGAUGAGGAGGGGGGCAUCUGGGAACUUGCGAGUCCGAGGCCAGUCCCCAUUUCUGCCUCGCCCACCCUUGGCCCUUAGAGACCCUGAGGUGGGGGUGGGGAGAUGCUUCUCUCCUUGCCCCCCCGCCCUCAUGGGUCCUAGCCCUUCCCUGAGUGUGGGCUGAGGCCAGAGUCACCUUUUCUGUGGCUGGCUCUACCUUCCUGUCCCUGGGGUUAAACGCUGCCCAUCCUGCCCUCCUCAAAUGACAGAGGAGGUUUUCUAGAAUUCCAAACCAUUGCUCUUAGUCCCAAGCUAGGUUUGAACCUGGAAUCUACCAGCCAAAAGUCCCUCCCUGCCUGAGGGCAGUACCCUCCAUCGCGCACAGUUCAGACCCAAGUCAAAGAUGUCCCAUUCCUUGCCCCCCGGCCCUCAUUUCCUUCAUUUCCACCAGGCUGUGCCUUGUUUGAGUUUUUCCUCCCAGUGAGACUGCCCCAUGGAGAGAAAGGAAAGGGCUGGCUCCCCCUCCCCAGGCUGGAGACCCCCACCCCCACCCCAGGAAAGAGCAGCCAGAGUCCAGCGCUCUGCCCUCAGACGUUGCCUGAGAAGAAGUGGCUGCCACACCGAGGGGAAGGCCCUGAAGCAUGAGACUGUGCUCCGCCAUGGUGUCCCGGUGCCCUCCAUACACAGGGGAGCGCAGCCUUCUCUGUAUCUCCAUGGCCCUGUCCCAGGCCGGCUCAGACGUGUUCCCCCCAGGCCUUGUCCAACAUCCAUGGCGGCAGAUAUCUUCCCUGGGCUGCCACCAGCCCCAGCCCCAGCCCCAGAGUGGCCCACAGUGGCACUAGAACGCAGGUGUCCCGCGACCUCGCGACCUCAUCGUCCUGUGGGUGUUCUUUCCCGCCCUGUCCAAAAGCGCCCUCACUAUUCUUGGACCAUGCCAGAUUCUGCGUCUCUAGAAAGAGGCUCUGGACAGCAGAGGCCUCCAAGCACAGAGCCCGGCCCCAGGCCCCAGGCCCCAGAUGGGGUGGGCUUCCUGCCCUUCCCUCUGGGCACGCCUGCUGGCACGCUGACCCCCUUGAAUGGACCAACCUGCUGUGUCCCCAAAGGAUGCCUGCAGGAGAGAGCAGCGCUCCGCACCACCUCACCAAGGAUCGAACUCUGCCCCUGGGCUUCGGAAUGACUGGACUCUCACGGGGUUCCCUCCUAGCUCUCCUGGUGAACUCCUGCCACACACUCGCAGCCCCUAGAGCACUGAGCUCACACGAGACUGGGAUGUGGGGGGCAUCUCUCCCCAAGGAGGCCCUCGCUGAGCCUCCUGUGCCUGGUCCUAUCCCGGGCCAUGUCUUAGGUGAGACAGUUGCCCGAAACUAAGCCAGGCCGGGCUGUAGGAGCAGCAGCUUUGGGAGAGGGAUUUCCCUGCAGACCUCAAGUCAUCAUGCAGUGGGUGCUGCCAUGACAGAGGCUGUACCCCUGGGCCAGCGAGGCUGCUCACCCACCUCUUGUGCAAGGUGGGCUUCGUGCUGUGCCUGCAGGCAGAGCUGGAGCCCCCAGCAGAGGCAGGCUGGGACAGACCAGCAUUUGGAAGAUGUACAUAGUUGUUUUUCUCUUUGUGGUUUCUUGUUGGGUUUGGUUUGCUUUUGACAGCUUCAUUUUAUUUUUGGUGUCACUUUUUGGCCAUGUAAACUAUUUGUUGCAAUUUUAUGUUUUUAUUUAUGAAUAAAGAAUGCCAUUUCUCACGC